AACGUCAACCGCCAACUGGCCGACCUCCGCGGUUUCGGUGUCCGCCACCAAUUGCCUUUGCCAUCCAGAAGCCGUGGCCAAUUCUUUUUUCGAAAGGCUGCCACUGACAUCACAAAUCCAAUAUUCUUUGGAACCAACCACACAUCAAAGAAAACAAAGAACAUAGUUUUGCUCACCUUCUACCGUACUAGUCUAACUAAAGCAAUCAUCCAAAAGAGAGAGAAAAGAGCAAGCUCACCCAGCCAUCUAUCUAGCAGUCAAAGGGGCAGCGCACACAACUUGAAUGGAAAACUGAAAAGAGUAUGAUUGGUGGCAACUUUUCUUUUUCUGGAAUAUUGAUGGUGAUGAUGUUAACAUCAUUGAUAUCCCGAAACGGCCUUCGUGUGGCCAAGGCAUUGACUACUACCCAAAAUCCAAGCCGUCUGCUGGUGGCGCCAACCUCAGCCGCUAUUCGAUUUCGUUCCUCCAAACUACAAGCUUCGGUCGAAGAAGAUUUGGAUCAAGCCCUGACUUCCUUUUUGGAAGAUAACCAACAAAAAUCCGCACCAAAAACCAAAAAGGUCUUUACGGAUGUCGUACCACCCCGAAAGCAAGCGGCACAUCUGGAACCUGUGACUUUGUCAGAUCUUGUGGAGGACAAAAAGGAGGAAGAAGUGGAUUACAAUGAUCCCAAAUUUUUGAAUAUCAAGAAUCCCUUCUGGGUGGAAAAUGGACUAGAUGAAAGAAUCAUUGACAUUCUCAGUGAAAAGGGCAUUUCUCAAUUCACACCGGUACAGGGAGAAGCUUAUCUUCCCGUCAAGCGUCGUCGCGAUGUUAUUGGACGAUCUCGUACGGGAACCGGAAAAACAUUGGCCUUUGGACUGCCCGGUCUCGCCCGUAUCGUAGAGCAUUCCCAAGAAAAGGGCUCUCGAAACGAACGUGGCCAAAUGCAACGAGGACGACCCGUAUCCAUGGUGAUCCUCUGUCCCACACGGGAGUUGGCACGACAAGUCUCGGAAGAACUUUCUCUCGUGGCCAGACCUCUGGGACUCUACGUCGAUGUCUUUCAUGGGGGUGUCUCCUACGACCCACAGGCGCGAGCUCUUCGACAAGGAUUGGAUGUGCUCGUGGGCACACCCGGACGUGUCAUUGACCAUAUUAAACGUGGAAACCUCGAUCUAUCCCAUUGCGACAUUGCCGUGCUUGAUGAAGCAGAUGAAAUGUUAAACAUGGGCUUUGCCGAAGACGUGGAAAUCAUCUUGGAUGGCAUUGGUAGUGCCAAUGAGCACAAAACGCAAUGUUUGCUCUUCUCGGCCACCACUCCUGGAUGGGUCAAGCAAAUUGGGGCUCGAUACCAAGACAAUGUCUACUCUAUUGAUGCCACGGGAAAUGAAGGAGCUCGAGUAGCAACCACUGUCACGCACAAGGCAAUCCAGUUGCCACCCGGUGUGGAUGCCAAAAAGCAAGCACUAGAAGAUAUCAUUGCCGUGGAAAUUUCACGCAACAUGGAUGAAAGCGAGGAGGAAGAUCUCGACGACAACCCCAUUGCUGCCGCUGCUCGAGAAAAGAAAAAGAGUACGGGACAAGCUAUGCAACAAAAGAUUUUCGGCAAAACCAUUGUCUUUACCGAGACCAAGCGAGAAGCCGACGAGCUCGUCUCGGGAGGCGUCUUCAAAACUUUGUCAGCGCAAGCGAUUCACGGUGAUGUCGGCCAGAAACAGCGUGAUGCGACUCUCAAUGCCUUUCGUAAGGGUGCAUUCAACGUUUUGGUGGCAACGGACGUUGCGGCCCGUGGAAUUGAUAUCUCGGAUGUCGACCUUGUGAUUCAGUUUGACCCACCUCGAGAUGUUGAUACCUACGUACAUAGGUCCGGUCGAACAGGUCGAGCUGGUAACAAAGGUGCUUCUGUAUUGCUCUUUGGCCGCCAACAGUCACGCGAUAUUGUUCGAAUUGAACGCGAUCUUGGUCAUGGGUUCAAAUUCGAGCUCGUGGGACCACCAUCCAUUGAGGCGGCAAUGCGUGCAGCAGCAAAGACGUCAGCCCAGGCUUGUAUGGGUAUCAAUGAAGACGCUGUAAAAUACUUUCGAGAUGCAGCUGCGGAACUGUUGGACGAGGCCGAAAAUCCAGAGGACAUUGUAGCUCGAUGCUUGGCAGCCAUUUCUCGUCGUUCAACCGAUAUUCAAAGCCGUUCACUGAUCACUGGAGAGCUUGGAUAUGCCUCUGUGCAAAUGUCAUACACAACUGACAAACAAGUGACCCCAGGUGAUGUCAUGUUCACAGUGGGCAAACUCUCCAGACUGAGUAGCGGAGAUAUGAAAUUUGACUCUGAUGUUGGAAAGAUCCAAACACAAGCAGAAGAUGGAACAGCCAUCUUCGAUUUGGGAGUUGAAGAUGCCAAGCGUCUGGUGGAGUUCAGUAACCAGGAAGGAGUGGACACCUUUGAUGCUGAGUUCAACUUUGUGCAAGAACUGGAAGUGACACGUGAUCGUUUCUUCGGACAACCAUUCCGCGGGCGCGACAAUCGUCGAGGAGGCGGCAACUACGGAAGAGGAGGAGGAGGCUAUCGUGGUGGCGGCGGUGGAGGCGGUUAUCGUUGGGGGUGGCGGCGGUGGAGGCGGAGGCCGCUACCAGCGAAGUAAUAAUGGUCGCCCCGGAUAUGGUGGAGGGCGAUACAGUAACAACAACAGUGGUGGAAGGGAUGGCGGAUUCAGAGGUCGAUCAGAAGGAGGAGGUCGAGAGGGCUACCAAUCUCGUAACCGUGGAGGAGAUGAGUCCCAUAGGGGCUACAGCAACUAUGAAAAUCGCCGCGGAAGCGGCGGGGGUGGACGUAGAUACGACCAAAGGAGCAACAACGGAGACACUGGAGGUUGGUGAAGAGAUCCUCGUGCUGCUGUACAAAAGAUGCACUCUCUGUGACCUGCGCUACCAGCAUUAGAUAGCUUUCCUUGUGAAUGUGUUCUCCAUUCAUAUAAUUGACUCGGCUCAACCGAUGACAGCGAUGAAAAUCUGCGCAGUUCUAGAACAUUCCACACACAGUGUUUUCACACUUGCUCCAAAAGUUAGUUGUCUCGGGUAGUGGGGACCUCCAUUGGUCCCGCUGAGAACAAGGCGGGCAUAGACAAGGCCCGCCAGUUUGGAGUUUUGACCCGGCUGCUACAGGUAGCUAGCUGAUAUUUGCUUGUAGUCAGAUUCCUGUUUGGAAAAGCGGCAUUUUCGAUUUGGGCCCAGCUAGCUAGAGCAGUGCUAGCUACGGUAUAGGCUAGACAAAGGCGAACAACAUCUCCUGGGUUGCUGCAGCAUCACGUCCUGUCUUCGCCUUCAGCUUCAUCAGCAAUGCACCAGAAAAUGCAUGUAAAAACUACCACGGUACCAUGGUACUCGCACCGGUACCGGUACCGAUCUGACCGGAGCUGUCCUCCAGCGGUGCCAAAACGGGCUCGCAGUUUUGCUCUUACUACGUACUAAUCCUGAACCCUCGGGGUAUUUG